CCCUUGUGUUCGGCUUGUUGCAUACCGAGACGAGACUGUAUUGUCUGUUGAUAUCCAUGAACCAGCCUUGAUACUGCAAAGGAUCAUAGUUGAUAUAUUCAACUUGACUCAAUUGCAAUCAUGGCCACUGGUUACUUCCCCGAAAGGCUAAAAGAUGCCACAUUGCCGCCUUCACCGGCCAUGUCACCAGGACCAACAGCACAAAGAUCAAGUGCGCUCCAAAGCAGAAUUACGAGUGUACUUGCUGCAUCCUACUCAGAUCUGGAGAUCCGGGAUGCACUGGAAACUCUGGAUGCUCGUCAAGUUCACAACACGGCAGAAACAAGGCGUAAUCUCCGACUGGAUGCACAGCAGGAACUGAUUCAAUGCAAUGGAGAGAUCAUUCGUGACUUCGGACAAGUUGCACAGCAACUGCAACGAGUGGGUGCAGCCAUUGAGGAUCUCAACAAGCUGUGUUCAAAUAUGCGAUCACACAUCUCUGCCGCUAACAGAGAAACUGGCCCCAUGUUGGAGGAAAGCACAGCGAUGAUGGCCCAAAGACAACAGACCGAGACCAAGCAGCAACUCUUGGGUGCUUUUACUUCACACUUCCUCUUGUCAGACGCCGAGAUUACUUCGUUGACCUCUACUGCGGAACCGGUCACAGAUGCUUUCUUCCAAGCAUUGACUCGAGUCAAGCAGAUUCACGACGACAGUCAACUGCUUCUGGGGACCGAAGAUCAACAACUGGGUCUCGAGAUCCUGGAGCAAAGCUCGAAACAACUGAACGCAGCUUUCCAGAAGCUCUUCCGCUGGACGCAACGAGAACUUCGUACUUUGGACCUUGAAAAUCCUCAGCUUAGCAUUUCUGUUAGACGAGCUCUUCGUGUAUUAGCUGAGAGACCUGCACUUUUCCAGAGCUGCCUUGACUUCUUUGCCGAGAACAGAGAGCAAGUACUUUCGGAUGCCUUCUAUGCUGCCCUGACAGGAGGAUUCGCUCAACGUAUCGGAGGUCCAGCCUCGGGCAAAGCGAUUGAACUCAGCGCACACGAUCCGCUGCGUUACGUUAGUGACAUGCUGGCUUGGGCGCAUGCUGCUACAGUCGGUGAGCGUGAAGCCUUGCAAAUUCUAUUCAUCUCGGACGCAGAUGAGAUAUCAAGGAACAUCAAAGCAGGCCGCGAACGCGAACCCUGGCUACAGAUUACCGAUGGCACUGAUGGUGAAGAAGUCGCGGCUUUUGACGGCAAGAGGGCGCUUAAUGACUUGGUGGAUCGCGACUUGUCUGGUGUACUUCGCCAGUUACGCCAACGCGUCGAACAGACGAUUCAAAGUCAUGAGGAUGCCACGUUAGCCUACCAGAUUUCGAACCUCAUCCGGUUCUACUGCUCCAUCUUCGUACCACUUCUCGGACCGAAGUCGACUAUUAUUCAGACACUACAGCCGAUCACGCAAAAGGCUUUCGAGCAAUUCAGGACACUGAUGAGAGAUCAUAUCGCCAACAUCCACAGCGAUGUUUCUGUCACACCUCUGGACCUCUCACCGCCUGACUUCUUGUUGGAAGCACUGGAGACGUUGAAAGGUUUGAUGAAGAGCUACGAUACCUCACUAGCCAACGCUUCAUCGGGCGAGGAUCGCACUGGCUUCCAAGCUGUACUUGAAGAGGCACUCGACCCUUACUUGGCAGGUUGCGACAGCAUUUCCAAAGGAAUGGGAGCACCACAGAGCCAGAUUCUUGCCAUCAAUUGUCUUCUUGCAACAAAGGAGACGCUCAAGGGCCGAGCGUUCACGGCAAACCGUUUAGACCAGGUGGACGAGGCGGUAGAAGAUCAAGCAGAGAGGCUUGUGCAUACAGUUCACGCAUGGUUCGUGUCAGAAUCAGGUCUCAAGCGACUUUUCGACGGCCUCAAGGAGUACAAGGAUACCAACCUUGGUCAAGGCAUCGCUGGCAUCAGAAAAGUGAGAGAGAUGCAGCCUGAUAGAUUGGCAGACAUGGCACAGAAACUGGACGCAUUCCUACCAGGAGCGAUGGAAGAUGCCAGAGCAUUCGUUGGCAAGCUUGCAGAUAAGAGGAUGGUGCGUGAGGUGUGCGACAAGGCAGCAGAUCUGUUUGUGGAGGAGUUCGAGUCGGCCGAGAGAAUCGUGAUUGGCCUGGACGAGACGAUACUGGCCGAGCAAGGCGAAGAAUUGGAGGAAGGCAUGCUGCUCCGCGACGUCUUCCCUCGCACAAGCGAUGAGAUCAAGGUGCUGCUGAGCUAGACAUAAACAUGAAGAUUGAAAAUGGUAUCAUUUGAACAUUAUAAGGUUGUCAUCCGAGACUUCUGGGUAUAUGUGUGAAAUCAAAGGGUGCCCUUCUUCUUUUCCCACUCGGCGGGAGUCAUGCACUUUGGUGUCCAGGCGUGGAUGGCAGCAAUCUCGGCUUUGAGGGUGUUGUUGACAAGGCGAUGGCGGGCGAGCGACGUCUUCUUCUCGAACUGUGGUGAUACGAUGAUGGCUUCGAACAUUUGACCGCAUCCACCUGGUAUCGUCAGUGUCGUCGUCGCAGGAGGAAGUGGAUCUUAUCGCGAUUACCUGACAGAUCCUGGAUGUCUACGUGCUGCGCCUCGAGUUUCUCGAUCAAAGUGGC